GGUUUGAAUAUUUAUUUUAUUAUUUUCUCCAUGUCAAUUAAGAUUCCAUUAUUCAAAUUUUAAGUUUCAGCAUUCUUAGGCAAAUAAUUAAAACAAAGAAUAUAAUAUAAGUUAUAAUAUAAUAAUAUAAAAGAAUAAUACAAAUAUCUUUCUAUACACUGAUUUGGAGUUAAAACUAUUUUAAACUGCCGUGGAAAUUACUCGUCGAAAAACACAUCCAUUCCAUUUCGUUGCGUUAGAGAUGAGCGCUUUUAGGCGAUAGUUCCGCCACUGCACUCGCAUUUCUAGGCCCAUUCCUAUGCCACAAGCUGUUUUUGACGUUCCUCUAUGGUCACCUCUUCCUCACAUGCUCCACCAACACACGCGCACCAAUUGGGCAAGCAAGAAAUUAAUGAUUCCUGUAAUCAUUCAGCAUUUGCGUGAGUCGUCAAACAUACAGUAUUUACGUUCAGUUGGGGGAAAGACCCGCCUACAGACGAGCUUGUAUCUCCAGAAUACAUCCGAUACCGCCCUGGCCAGGGCGCAUCAGCAGUAGCAGCGACGAAAGCAGCGGGCAGAGCGACCGCAAAAACCUCUCGGCAGUGCCACUGCUCCGAUUUUCAGUGAGCGGAUCCCAAUCGCGAGCAGCGUAUCGUCGAUGUUAGUCGUGGAGGUGGAGCAGUAGCAGCAGGAGGCCAAGCCGUAGCCGUAGACGAGGCAGCCGCCACAGUGUCAAUUAGUAGUUUCGUAUACCACCUCAUUCAUACAACGUACCACGAGCAGCACUACACUACCAAACCAACCACCCCUCCCCCGUACCGUGUGUUAUACAACAAAAUUAUUCCGUGUUUAACAUACGCCGGCUGAAAUCGCGCAACCCGACAAACGCAACGCAACAAACGCAUCUUGGAUCUAAAAUCCAAUUUAUAGAGGAACAUUGGACCAAGGAGUAGUUGACUACUGCUGGCAGCGUUUCGGAGAAAGCGACUGUUGACAAGUGGAACUGGAACUGGAACUGGAUUGGUAGUAACAGGAGCAGCCACAGCAAGGGCAUACCACAAUCAUUCGCUAACCAGAGCAGCAGCAGUAGCAGCAGCAGCUUCACCCGCUUCAACCAUGAAUAUCGACGAUUACGAAUCGCUGCCCACCACCAGCGUUGGUGUGAAUAUGACAGCGGGCGCGAUUGCUGGCGUGCUGGAGCAUGUGAUCAUGUAUCCACUGGACUCAGUCAAGACUCGAAUGCAGAGCUUGUCGCCGCCAACACAGGAUUUAAAUAUAGUGUCUACCUUUCGGAACAUGAUCAGCCGUGAGGGUCUAUUAAGACCUAUUCGUGGAGCCAGCGCUGUAGUCUUGGGAGCCGGUCCUGCGCAUUCGCUCUACUUUGCCUCCUACGAAAUGGUCAAGGAGCUGACGGCGAAGUUCACAAAACACAACAACCUCAACUACGUGAUUUCGGGAGUGGUGGCCACUGUCAUCCAUGAUGGCAUAUCCAGCCCCACGGACGUGAUCAAGCAGCGAAUGCAGAUGUACAACUCGCCGUACACAUCGGUCGUUGCCUGCGUUAGGGACGUUUACAAGAAGGAGGGCUUUAAGGCAUUCUACAGAGCAUAUGGGACGCAGUUACUCAUGAACUUACCAUAUCAGACAAUACAUUUUACGACAUACGAGUUUAUUCAGAACAAAUUUAAUCUGGAGCGGAAAUACAAUCCAAAGGUGCACAUGCUGGCGGGUGCAGCGGCUGGGGCCAGUGCGGCGGCCAUCACAACGCCAUUGGAUGUUGUUAAGACGCUGCUAAACACUCAGGAGACAGGUCUGACCCGAGGCAUGAUCGAGGCUGCCCGAAAGAUCUACCAUAUGGCUGGUCCAUUGGGCUUCUUCAGAGGAAUGACUGCCCGCGUGCUGUACUCCAUGCCGGCGACGGCUAUAUGCUGGUCCACGUAUGAAUUCUUCAAGUUCUACCUGUGCGGCAUGGACGCAGAUCAGUACAAAUCGUCAAUUACGGGUAAAGCCGAGACCCGCAAAUCGGACUACGUACUCCCGACAAACGGAGACACGGAGCAUACAGAACAGGAACGAGAGCGCGAGUUAAAGGAGAGCGCUGCCACUUCGACACUUCAUUCAGCGCCAACCUCCGUGAACACAUCGGGUGCCAUUAAGACGGUAUGCGAGCUGUCAACGCGACCCGCCGCUCCCACAAUUAAUCUUCACACGAGGCAUACGGACGUGAAGAGUCCCUACGAGCGGGGAUUCUCUACGUAGGCACAUGGACGUGGCCGCGAGCGGGGCCGUUCGAAUCGUUCGAAUUUCGAAACGUUUGUAGAAGCAGUAGCGACAGCUAAACCCUAAGCGUAGCUUUUAGUUGGCAGCGUGUCGGAAGGGGGAUUGGGAUGCUGCGUUGGAUUGUGAGUUCGACAUUUGGUGGGGUGGUCGGCACGGCAUUAGAAAUGCCUGGGCCACCUACCAUGCCUGUUCAGGCAAUCCCAGCUGCUUCCCAAUUCCAGUCCGAUCCCAGCUGCUUGUAUGAAUACUCUGCGAGGAGUCGGUGAGAGAGUUUUAUCACUCCAUAGACGGAGGUUAAAUCGUAGUUGUUGUUCUGCACAAAACUCUCGCUCUCACACUUACGCAAAAAAAACAAAAACUCCCAAAACAAAAAAAAAAACAGAAAUCACCCCCUACACACACUACAUACCCCAAAAAACAAACAAACAAACAAACAACAAACAAAAAAACAGUUUUAGGCGAAAAGCGAAAUUCUUGUUAAAAAUAAUGCUAAUGCUAAUUCUUGUACAAUACUAUUACCUACUAUUAUGUAUUACAACUCUGAUUUAUUACAUAUGUAUAUUUUUUAAAGUUUCGAAAAUAUAUAUGCAUAUAUAUUUAUGUUGAUCGUUGUAAAGUAAUCAAGAGAGAGAAACGAAACGAAAAAUGUAAAGCGAAAAUGCGCGAGAGGAAAAAUUCAAUAAUUUGUAAUCAAAUUACAUUUAAAUCUUCAAACUGAGAUGUUACAAAACGCAGAUAAGCACUCCCCCCCAGAGAGAUACAUUUUCCCCCCCGAAAAGUGUCCAACUUCAGAUAGACCGGAAAUCGGAAACUAGCCAACCCUCAACCUGUAGACUAGUAGCCUAGCUAUACAUGAGUUGUCCCUUAUCCCGGGCAGUUGACUGCGAUUUAAUCCAUCAUCCUAUCCUUAAAAUAAACAUAUUUUUUUAAUCAGUCAUCACACGUUUUAGUUACGAUUUCAGUCAAGUGCCAGGGCAUUGGGGACAACCACAAUGCCCCCCCAAAAAAUAUACAAUAAUGCAUCAUAUUAUUACGUUCACUGUUAUUUUUGUUUAUAUAUAUAUGCAUAAUAUAUAUAUGUAUGAAUAUGCUACACCGAAUAUUAUUAAACAAGGCAAGGUGUAGCCCUAAAAUUACAAUUUUAUUGUUAAAGAACUCAAGCGCCAAGAAACCAUUGGCCCAUUAAACGGAUAAAUGAAAACCACA